CUUCUUUCAUCACCACAAACAUCCAUCGUCUUGCAUAUCCAUACUUGAACCAUGCCACCCAUGUCCCAACAACUUGUCUUCAUAUUCCUUUGUGUCCUUAUUGUAAAACUCUCUUGGGUUGCAAGUGAAAAGAGUGAAGCAAAUGCACUCUUAAAGUGGAAGGCUAGCCUGGAGAACCAAAGCCAAGUUCCCUUAUCAUCUUGGAAGAAUGGGACAAGCCCAUGCAGAUGGAGAGGAAUUCAAUGUGAUAGAUCCAAUUCCGUAACCGCCAUCAAUCUUGAAAAUUAUCUUCUCAAAGGUACACUCCACGCUCUAGACUUUUCCUCACUCCCCAACCUCCUCACCUUUAACAUCUACAACAACUUAUUUCAUGGAACCAUUCCCCCACAAAUCGGUAACAUGUCCAAAAUCAAUCGUUUGAACUUCUCUUUGAAUCCUUUUGAUGGUUCCAUCCCUCAAGAGAUGUGGACACUGAGAAGCAUACGCUGGCUUGAUCUUUCCUUCUGUAAUUAUCUAACAGGACCCAUCCCUUCUUCCAUUGCAAAUUUGAUAAACUUAUCAUAUCUAGAUUUAGGAGGCAACAAUCUCUCCUGCUCCAUUCCUCCUACAAUUGGCAAACUGAACAACCUUGCCUUUUUUUCUAUUGAGUCUAGUAAGAUUCGAGGUUCCAUUCCCCAUGAAAUCGGAAUGUUGUCAAAUCUAGAGUAUCUUGAUUUCAUAGGAAACGAUCUCACUGGCAAUAUCCCUUCUACAAUUGCUAAUAUGAGCAAGUUAAAUCAACUUUUACUAUCUAACAACACCCUCUCUGGCCCAAUCCCACCCUUCCUAUGGAACAUGUCUAACCUCACCUACCUGUUCCUUGAAUCCAAUAACUUUUCUGGAAACAUCCCUACCACAAUAGGAAACUUGGUCAAUUUGGAGUCCUUUAAUGUGGAGAUGAAUCAACUUUCUGGAUCCAUUCCUUCCAUAAUUGGAAACAUGACAAAUCUUGUUCAGAUUACUCUCGACUUCAACAAUUUUGAAGGACACAUUCCUGCCUCUGUUGGUAAUUUGAUCAACUUGGAAACCUUAAGUCUCCAAGGAAACCUUCUCUCAGGAACUAUUCCUGACACAAUUGGAAACUUGAAACGGCUCUCCAUGUUACAAUUGUCAUCCAACAUGCUCAGGGGCAACAUUCCGCAAGCCGUUAAUAAUCUUACCAACAUGAAUGACUUUUUUGUAGGCAAUAAUUAUCUCAUUGGCCACUUGCCGCCUCAAAUCUGCUUAGGUGGUUCACUAGCAUCCUUCAGUGCUCAAAACAACCGUUUCACUGGUCCAGUACCAAGCAGCUUGAAGAACUGCUCUAGUAUUGUCUACAUAACUUUACAGGAUAACCAUUUGGAAGGUGACAUAUCACAAGACUUUGGUGUUUAUCCAAAUUUGAAUUACAUUGAUCUAAGUAACAACAAAUUUCAUGGCCAAAUUUCAUCAAGCUGGGGCAAGUGCAAUAGUCUUCAAGUCUUGAUCAUUGCCAAAAAUAAUAUUUCCGGUGGUAUAUCGCCACAAAUUGCUGAGGCUACCAAGCUGGGCAGGCUUCAUCUUUUUUCAAACCAAUUGAGCGGAAAUAUUCCAAAAGAACUGGGGAAUAUGACAAACUUGUUUGAACUCAGGAUCGACAACAAUCAUCUUUCUGGAAAUAUUCCACCCGAAAUAGGAUUGUUGCAAGGUCUCAGUCACUUGAACCUAGCAGGAAAUGAGUUGAGUGGCAACAUACCGAGACAAGUUGUUCAGUUAUCUAACUUGUUGGAAUUGAACUUGAGCAACAACAAAUUAGAAGGAAGUAUCCCCUCUGACUUCAAGUCAUUGGAAACUCUCAAUUCUCUUGAUCUUAGUGGGAAUUUGUUGAAUGGUACAAUACCAAGAGUGCUUGGAGAAUUGAAGAACUUGCAGUGGUUGAAUCUCUCUCGCAACAAUCUUUCUGGCACAAUUCCAUCUAGUUUUAAUGGCAUGUCAAGCUUAGCUUUUGUCAACAUAUCAUACAACCAGUUAGAUGGGCCUCUUCCAAAUAACAGAGCCUUUCUUCAUGCUUCAAUUGAAUCAUUGAUAAAUAACAAAGGCUUGUGUGGUAAUGUCACUGGCUUGGUGCCAUGCCCAAGCAGUCCUAGCGGUAAAAGUCACAAGGUCAAGUUAUUGGUUCUGCUUCUUAUCUUUGGAGUAUUAGCACUAGCACUUUGUGUGAUUGGUGUUUCAGUAUAUAUUCUUUGUAGAAAAGCAAGAAAGAAAGAAGCCCCGGCCAAAGAAAUGCAACCAGAAGAACAAUUUUCCAUAUGGAGUCAUGAUGGAAAAAUGGCAUUUGAAACCAUCAUUAAAGCUACCAAUAAUUUUGAUGACAAAUAUCUCAUUGGAAUUGGAGGGCAAGGAUCCGUUUACAAGGCUGAGUUGCCUUCUAUGGUUGUUGCUGUGAAAAAACUUCACAUGGAAUCAGAUGCGGAGGAUAAGUUGAAUUGGAAGGCAUUUGAAAAUGAGAUCCAAGCAUUGACAGAAAUCAGGCACCGAAACAUCAUAAAGCUGUAUGGUUUUUGCCAGCAUUCACGAUUCUUCUUUUUGGUAUACAAGUACCUGGAGGGUGGCAGUUUGAAUCAUGUACUAGGUGAUGAAAAGCUAGCAACUGCAUUUGACUGGGAAAGGCGGGUGAAUGUGGUUAAAGGAGUUGCUAAUGCUCUGUCAUAUAUGCAUCAUGGUUGCAAUCCCCCUAUAGUUCAUCGUGACAUAUCAAGCAAGAAUAUUCUUUUGGAUUCAGACUAUGAAGCUCAUGUCUCUGAUUUUGGGACAGCUAAGUUUCUACAGCCUGGUUCAAAUUGGACAACACUUGCAGUAGUCACCUAUGGCUAUGGUGCUCCAGAGCUUGUUCAAACUAUGGAAGUGACCGAAAAAUGUGAUGUAUAUAGCUUUGGAGUGCUUUGUUUCGAAAUCUUUAUGGGAAAGCAUCCGGCAGAUAUGAUCAAUUCACUGUUGUCGCCAUCAACAGCAUCAAUAACAUACAAUUUGCUAUUGGUUGAUGUAAUUGAUCAAAGGCCUCCUCAUCCUGAGAAGUCAGUUGUUGGGGAAAUCAUGCUGAUCACAAAGUGGGCGCUUGAGUGUUUGAGCCAAAGUCCACAAUUUCGGCCAACCAUGCAUCAAGUGUCUAAAGAACUCAUGAUGGGAAAAUCACCUUUCUCUGGUGACCACUUUCCCAUGAUCAGACUUGGACAACUCAACGAAGAAUUAUUGGAAACCCCACUUUUGUGAUUAAUGAUUAAUCGCAUCCCCUUUCUUAUGAAUAGUGUGUCAUAGGCUUGUUUAAUUUGUAACACGUAUGUAUGAGUUAGUUUAAUUUGUAGCAAAAGGAGCGGUGUUUGAUCUGGGCAGCAUCUACCUCAACUUGUAGGUGACUCGUAGAUCAGUGUGUUUUGUUAUAGAUAAGUUUGUGGUACUUGAAUCGAUGAAUAAAAGUAGUGAUUGUUAUGCUGUCUGAAA